UAUUCCAAUAAGAAGAGGGAUCAGUGUGUCCCCAAAAGCAUAAGCUUCUUAUCCUAUGAAGAAUCAUUGGGACUCAUCCUGACUUUCUUUGCCAUUGCUUUGUCCCUAACCACUGCCUUUAUUCUGGGAAUCUUCAUUAAACACCAAGAAACUCCCAUAGUCAAAGCCAACAACCGUGAACUCACCUUUGUUCUCCUGGUUUCUCUCCUGUUUUCUUUCUUGACCUCCCUUCUAUUCAUUGGUCGCCCCAUGAAAAUGACCUGUCUCCUUCGACAAACCAUUUUCAGUAUUGUUUUCUCAGUUGCCGUAUCUUCUUUGCUGGCCAAGACUGUAAUGGUGGUGGUGGCCUUCCUGGCUACAAAGCCAGGAAGCAGUUUGAGGAAAUGGCUGGGGAAGGGUCUGGCCCACUCGAUUGUUUUAUCCUGCUCUGGUAUUCAAGUAGGCAUCUGUAUGACAUGGCUGGGAAUCUUUCCCUCAUUCCCAGAUUCUGACUUUCAUUCCCAGCCAGAACACAUCCUGCUGCAGUGCAACGAAGGUUCAGUGGCCAUGUUCUACACUGCCCUUGGCUACAUGGGUUUUCUGGCUGCCAUCUGUUUCUUGGUUGCAUUUCUGGCUCGAAAUCUGCCAGGGACCUUCAAUGAAGCCAAACUGAUCACCUUCAGCAUGUUGGUGUUUUGUAGUGUUUGGAUCUCCUUUGUUCCCAGCUACCUGAGCACCAAAGGGAAAUACAUGGUGGCUGUGCAGAUCUUCUCCAUAUUGGCCUCCAGCCUAGGUUUAUUGGGUUGUAUUUUUGUUCCCAAGUGCUACAUUAUUACACUGAGACCUGACAUAAACACCAAGGAACAUCGAGACCACCAGCACCCAAGGAAGCUCACCAUGAAAAUGAUAGCGAUGCGAGCUUACCUGAAGCCUACCUUCAGGCACCUGGGGCUGCCUGAAGCCGAGGUGCCCGCUUCUUCGUCACCAGAAGCUGCUCGCCAAGCGGAGGAGUCCCAUCCAGCAGCAGCUCUGUCAGAGCUGAGAAGAUCUGGUCACCUGCGCAAGCGCCUGUGUUACCUGAAGGACUACGCAUGCUCUAUUCGGGGAGAAAGGAGUGUUGCAUUCCAAAAAGAUGGAGCUGAAGUCUUCACUCCA